GGGCGCCCUCGGACAAUGAUUUGGCUCACAUCUCUCAUAAAAAGGUGACAAGAUGGCUGCCUAUGUGGACGAUCCCGAGGAUGACAAAAUUGAUGACUACUGGAAUACAUCAUCUAGGUCUGCUCGGACCAAAACCUCCAACUUCUUUGACGAUUUCUCACCAAAUAACGAUGAGAGGAGUGUGUUUGGGGCGGAUAAGAGUCAAGCUCUCUCCUUCAAGGAGACGAUGAAAGCUGCUGGCCUGGGAUUGGAUGAGGACGAUGAGGAUCAAGACACCAUCAUUGGCUGGGAUGGAAAGCUGUCGUCGGUGAAGUUCAGCACCAAGGGAGCAGGCCAGUCUGCACCCCCUCGACCCUCCACCCUACCGCCCUCAGCCAGGGGCACGGUGAAUGCCUCCCCCAGGCCGGCAAGCACUGGUUCAUCUCCGUACCCUAUGGGCACUUCUUCCAGCAUAACAUCAGCCCGGAGGCAGUCGGGCGGCACCAGGAAUGGAGCUGCACUGCCCGCUCCUAGUCCUGGCCAGAGUGAUGUCCGGCCACACUCUGCAAGCUUCUCGACUGAAGGCACCGAGAAGCGGGCAUUGGAUGAGCGAUCAACUCACAGCACUGGUUCCUCUUCAGCAUCAAUAGAAGAUGCUAUUAAACGAGACUCCAAGCCCACACUCGCCGAGGUGUCCAAGCUCCAGGCUGAGGUGCAAGCGCUGAGAAGGAAACUGAAGAGUGUUGAACGAGGGAGAUGGGAAGCCCUCCCUGUGGCUGACACAGUUACCCGUAUCAUCACUGGAGAGCCUUACUCCCUUGAGCCUUACAGGUCUCUACAGGACAAGCUGUCGCUCCUUGAUGCCGCUAUUGGCUACCAUGAUGGCAAUGCUAUCUUAACUAUCGUCAUGUUCUUAAAAAGGACCCUAUCCAAAGCAGUCUUCUGUGAGGAGAUAAGGAGAAGACAGGUGGCUGCCAGCCAGUACAUUGCCUUUAUCAAGAAGCACAAAGAGAAGAGGGACAUCGUGGCUAGCGAGAUGGGAGAGCUGGGAAGGAUAGAAGAUGCCGCUUUGUGGCGAUACAAAGAAGCAACUGAAAAUCAAAUACCUCAUGGACAGCUGAUGAACCUGAAGGAAGUGCACAGCUUAUGUUUUGACAAGUCGACUACCUUAGCCACAGAGGCAGAGUACAUCAAAGAACAUAUUGAUCUACUUAACAGACAGCUCCAAAUUGAGGCCGUAGAUGAGAAAGCCCAAAGGGAGGGCAGGCAACCGUUCAAAGAAUGUCCCCGUAAAUCCAGCAUCUUAUUCAAGUCGGUUAUCACCACCCUCUUCUAUUGCUGUUACUAUCAUUAUGGAGAACCAGAGGUCAGCAUGAGCAGUCCCCUGGCCCUGCGUCAGUUCCACAAGUUGACGGAGAAGCAGUACUUGUUUACGGCGUUGUUGUCUCGGAUCAAGUUGAGGCGGUGGCUAGACCUCGACGCCUUGUUGACAUCAAAGAACUGGAGAGGGAAAACCAUGAUGAAGUCGGCCGUCAAGUUUGAACAAGUUGUGGAGAUCCUUGUGGAACAAAAUGCCCCACAUGAUGCUCUGGACAAAUACUUGAAGCUCAUUGAGGACCCGGAGUCACGCAUCUGUUUGGCGACGAAGCUCGAUCGGCACGCAGUGGUGGUAGACGCCCUGAUCCAGGUGAAGGAUCGCCAACGACUGCUCAAGUACCAGAGCAAAGUGCCACAGGGUACUCCGGAAGCUAGACGCAUCGAGGACAUCAUGAGAAACUCGACAUUCAAGUGGAAGAAUUGAUCUGUACUGGCAUCACUGAAGAACAUUCCAGUUUACUUUAUGAACAACUUAUCUCUAUGGAUAUUUUUAACAUGUGGGUAGUCUGUUGAAAGGUCAAGGGUCAUCUGGAAUUGUCAGUAUUCGACGCCAAGAAGUGCUACAAAGUUACCUUUGUAUUUUUAAGGUGAUCUUUGAGCUUUUUGGGUGUUGAACUGAACACUUAAUUAUUCCCUGUGCAAGUCUAGUUGUCCUCAAAGGAUUGGAUGAAAAAUGGUGUGAUAACAAAGUGAUUUAACAUUUAAUGACAGGAUUUUGCUGUAAAGAGCCACUAAAAUCACACCCAAGGUAUCUUGCUACACAAAUGUCAGAUUUCUAGUAAGAGCAAGAUUUAAGGCAUGAAGUUCAAAUGCAGUCGGCAGUCUGACUAUACAUUGACAUGCCAACUCUUACCCAGAGCCCUCCUGAAAUCCUUGUACAUGUUCUUGGUGUCGUUAUACCACUGUGUUGAAUUCUGUGCAAAAGUUUCCCAGCUGAAGUAUCUCAGCUUCCGCACAAACAGUGAAUGUACUGCACAGAAAGUCAUAUGAAGCCUUAGUACUGUGUGUUGUCUCAACAGUGGAUCUGUCCUUUUUUUCCCUCCAUAUUGUAUGUUUGCAUUGAUUUUUACACAAUCCAAAACGCCGAGGUCUAUUGUAAAUCAUAUCAAGUUCUGUUUUGUAGCUCUAUGGUUAGAUUGAGCACGGUUUAGGUUAACCUUCUGUGGAUAUCUGAAGUUCCUGUAUUUGAAUUAAUUUUAGCAGAUUCUUGCCCUGAGGAGUCUUAUUUUUGAUAGAGUGGGCCACAUUUAUGUGAUGUUUUGAAAUCUGUGCCACAGGUCAGUGUUCAAGAGAAUUGGUAAUUGAAUCAUGUCCGUUGAGGUUCAAUGACCUGUCAAAAGUGGGACAUGAAGUGAUGGGUACAUGUCUUCGACACGCAUACAAUUGGAAAAAUUGUGUUUGUGUACUUCAGAUAAACAGAGAGAACAGAUGGGAAAAUUACUGACAAGAACUAUCAAUCAUGAGUAUUAAAGAUUAAAAAUUCAUUUUGAUACAUAAUUUCUUAUUGGUGAAAAUUUAUUUAAUAUUCAAAAUAAGUUUUAAUAAAUUUUAAAUGCAGGAAAACCUGUUUGUUUCUGGUUUGUUCAUGUGAUAGUUUGUCUACAGAAUACAUUUUAAAAUGAGAUAGCUCAUCCUUGUACACAAAUGUUAGGAUUCUACUGAAACGGGCAUCUUACUUGAAAACGUAGAGAACCCCCAAAAUAAUGUUACAAAUGAGGAAACAAUAUUCGUUUUAACACAAGCCAAAACUUAACUUAGUAUACAUGAUGUAGGAAGGAAACAUGCAAACAAUGAUUUGAAUUUCUAUAAAAUGUGAACAGUUUUGGAAAACUUGGAAGCUUGAAGUUUAAGGAAGAAUAAAGCUGAUGUUUAUAAAAUGUUUACUUUUCACAGUUUUGUUAAACUCUACAUAGGGCGACAGUAAUCUUUUGAAAAAUCUGGUAUUUAUAUUUUGAAA